UGCUGCUUCUGCGAUGAAUUGGCUGGACGAACCCAGCUGGCAGCUUCACGUUUCCUUGCUUAUGCUCCUCUCCAUGCACACCAGGGCCAGUUUCCUAGACAGCAGGCCCUUGCGUAGCUCUGGGAAAGUGAACAUGGAAACGAGGAAGGAAGAUGGUGGAAGCACAGCGGCUGCUCCCCCACAGAAGAUACUGUUAUGCCACUGUCAUCAUCACUGUCCCGAAGAGUCAAGCAACAACACCUGCAAAACGGAUGGCUAUUGUUUUGCCAUGAUAGAAGACGAGGACUCCGGAGGGCAGACUCUUACUUCAGGCUGUCUAGGGUUAGAAGGCUCCGACUUCCAGUGUCGGGACACUCCAGUGUCUCAUCCACGAAGAUUAAUUGAAUGCUGCACAGACCAAGAUUUCUGUAACAAAGAUCUUCACCCUACUCUGCCACCCUUAAAAAAUCGAGAUUUUGCAGAGGGAAAUGUCCACCACAAGGCCUUGCUGAUUUCGGUGACUGUCUGUAGUGUACUUCUCGUCUUUAUCAUCCUGUUCUGUUACUUCAGGUAUAAAAGGCAAGAGAGCAGACCUCGUUAUAGCAUAGGGCUGGAGCAAGACGAGACUUACAUUCCACCGGGAGAAUCCUUGAAAGACCUUAUUGAACAGUCUCAAAGCUCAGGAAGUGGAUCUGGGCUCCCUCUGCUGGUGCAAAGGACCAUAGCGAAGCAGAUCCAGAUGGUGAAGCAGAUUGGGAAAGGUCGCUAUGGAGAGGUCUGGAUGGGGAAGUGGCGUGGGGAAAAGGUGGCUGUCAAAGUGUUCUUCACCACAGAGGAAGCCAGUUGGUUCCGAGAGACAGAGAUCUACCAAACUGUCCUGAUGAGACAUGAAAACAUUUUGGGGUUCAUUGCUGCUGACAUUAAAGGUACAGGGUCUUGGACUCAGCUGUAUCUGAUCACAGAUUACCACGAGAAUGGCUCCCUGUAUGACUAUUUGAAAUCCACAACCUUAGAUACAAAAGCCAUGCUGAAGCUGGCAUAUUCAUCAGUCAGCGGAUUGUGCCACUUGCAUACUGAGAUUUUCAGCACUCAGGGGAAACCAGCUAUUGCGCACCGUGACCUCAAAAGCAAAAAUAUUUUGGUGAAGAAGAAUGGAACCUGCUGUAUAGCAGACCUUGGUUUGGCAGUUAAAUUUAUAAGUGAUACAAAUGAGGUGGACAUCCCAUCAAAUACCAGAGUAGGAACUAAACGUUAUAUGCCUCCUGAGGUUUUGGACGAAAGCCUGAAUCGGAAUCAUUUCCAGUCAUAUAUCAUGGCUGACAUGUACAGUUUUGGGCUCAUCCUUUGGGAAAUAGCAAGAAGAUGUGUUUCAGGAGGUAUUGUUGAAGAAUACCAGCUUCCAUACCAUGACCUCGUACCCAGCGACCCCUCCUAUGAAGACAUGAGGGAAAUUGUGUGUAUGAAGAAGUUACGGCCUUCAUUUCCCAAUAGGUGGAGCAGUGAUGAGUGCCUAAGACAAAUGGGCAAACUCAUGACAGAAUGCUGGGCUCAUAACCCCGCUUCCCGGCUCACAGCUCUGCGAGUAAAGAAAACACUUGCCAAAAUGUCAGAGUCACAGGACAUUAAGCUCUGAUUCAGAUGACAAAAGGCGCCUCUUUUGCUAAAGCUCAGAAAAUGGACUUUCCUUCGUGUUUCCAAGAGACAGGAAGAGGAAUGAGAAGCCUUCGUGAUUAUCAACCUUGAAUGCAGUCCUUC